GAGCCUGAGCCGGAGAGUCAGACACACAGCGCCAAGUGCAAGAUCACAGAGCGAUCAGGUGUUCGGGCAGACAGACAUACAGCAAUAUUUUUACAGCGCAGGAUUUUUUGCAUCGCCAUCUCGCACAGAGCAAAUCAAAAGAUGGACUGCAAACUGUGUGGAUUAUUCACUGUGACAAUUGUUCUCAUUUUAGUGGAGAAUGGUCGCGGCUUCAGCCUGGCGAGGUCUGGCGAGGCCGGGGAACAACGGCUGCACAGGAGAGAGAAACGCUGUUCUUGCAGCAACAUGAGGGAUAAGGAAUGCAUCUACUUCUGCCAUAAGGACAUCAUCUGGGUCAACACGCCAGGGAAAACCACACCUUAUGGUUUAGGAAGUCCAGCCACACGCCGCAAGCGAUCAGCUCCAAGGUGCAAAUGUGCAAGUUUCAAGGACGGAGUGUGCUUGCGAUAUUGCCAGUUGGGCGAAACGAGAGACAGCAGUGCCUUGAGGAAUAUUGGUCGUACAAGGCUACGACGCCAAAUCCCAACUCAAUAUCGAAGGUUAAACUCAAGCGGAAAUCAACAUCAAGUAAUAGAGAGUGCACAUUUGGGUCAGAUCUUAAGACAAAUUGCAUUGUCAAAUGUUCAGUCUGCUGAAAGAAAGAACAUCUCAAAGAGACACAAUUCAACACAGAAACAGAAUAACCAGGAAGGGAGAUGAGCUGCCAAGGCACAAGGCCACUCAUUCCAGAGAGGAAGAGCCAUCUUUGGCUUCUAUUCUUCUUCCCUUGAAGGCUCAUGAGGUGCAGAAGAACAAGAAGAUACGAGGAGGGUCGGAGUGAUCAGUCCCUAGGAUCAGUCCACAAAGUAUUAACCAGCAGGUGCGGAAUGCGUGCUUCCCUGUUGGACUGGAUCCCAAUUACAAGGGGAAAGAAGGGGAGAGUUUCACAUGCUUUGUGGAAAGAGAUGGAGCCAAGAGUGUUGUUCACAAGCAUUGGAGAUUUAACAAGUCACUCACACCUAUCCAAUAUAUAUUUACAGCAGUGACAUUGGUAAGAGAGGGGAGAUAAGAAAGACUUUGAUUCCACAGUGUGACAAUGAUCAUCUUUUAUGCAGCUUCAGCAAACUGGAGGCAAAAUCAUUUCAGAUAUCAGGGACAUUGGAUGAUCAUCGGGUACCAGUACUGAAAGCAUAUACUCGCUGAAGUGACUGUGAUAUAAAAGCCUCAUAGUUACCCCAACUUUCAGUGUGAAAAUAUCACAGCACCCACGCUGCGGUUUAAUACAACGCAGAAGAGUACUUUAUUUUCUUCUGGCCUGCAGCCUUGGCAAUCAUAGGUGCAAAGAGUAGAUGUUGAGCUUUGGUCAAGCACAUGUUGGUGUCGAAACAUCAGAGGAACAAAUUCCUUGGCAACAAUCCCGGUUGUUCUCGUGCUAGCCGAUCCUACCUAGAUGGCUCCGACUUGCAAUUUGAUGACUGCCCUUUCCUCCUCAACCUCCCUCCUUGAACAGGCACCUACGGGCCUGGUGUGCAGUGCAAGCAUUGAACACAGUAGCAGCACUGGCCAAGGCUACGCUGGUUCUUCUGCAGUCGGACUACCAAUGCUGUUUUGCACACUUGGCUGCGAUACCAGGCGACACAUGGAACGAAAGAAACAUCGGCAAGAAGGAGAGUCUGCAAGAGAGGAACAGAAAAUCGGAUGAGAGAAAGUACACAAUGAUAUCAAAAACGGGUUUCCUGAGUUCAGUAAUGUGCAGCAAAGAGUUGACAUCUUAGAUCUUUAAUCAUCUUGCUUUGGACACAGAAGUCAAACAAUAGUCAUUGGUGAAUGGUCCUGUCCUCAUCAGAACUCCCUUUAUCCAUUAUUUCAGCACAUGUUAUCCCAUUUAACUCCAGUAGUAAAAUAGCUGAAAAGGGUAUAUUCUCGUGAAUGCAAUGCAUACACUGGCCAAAAUCUCUUCAGGCGAUAAUCCUACAUCCGUUUCCUGAAAAUAUCUGCUUUCAGCUUUUUGCGAACAGCAUUCUGGCCUUUAAUUGUUUCCAAAUACAGUGCGGGUCGAGACGUCUGAUGAAGGGUCUCGACCCAAAACGUCACCCAUUCCUUCUCACCAGAGAUGCUGCCUGUCCCGUUGAGUUACUCCAGCAUUUUGUGACUCUUCAGUAAAUUGCAGGACAAUGGUCAUGUGAAUGAAGUCCAGAAACAGGAAAUCCUCAAAUCUUCAAUUGGUCUGAGGCACCUGAGAUGCCUCAUGUGGCCCAGUGACACACACUCUCACCUCAAUGUCAUGAGAUAUCCAGGGAGAAGGAAAACCACUGCGCAAGCUAGUACGGUGGCACAGCUGGUAGAGCCGCUGCCUCACAGCGCCAGAGACCCCCGGGUUC